GAAAAUUGUCUGUUUUUCUUGUAGCUAUAAAAUAACAGCUAAAUCCAUUUUUGUCACUCUCAGCAAAGAUUGCGUCUGCUAGUCACGUUACUAAAAAUCGUGCCGAAAAAUUUUUCUGAAUCUAAAAUAUUAAGUAUCUCUUUAACUUCCUACCUGUAAAAGUUACGCCAACGGUACAUGGGAUGUUGCAAUCAAAGAUAAAUGGCAUACCUAGUAUGCCAGCUUUUAAUGCACGUAUCAGAAAAAUACUAAAGUUUCAAUUAUGGAUUUGGUGUAUAUUGUGGUUUAUAAGUUUACCGAGCACAUCGGGUAAAUGUGGAGGCGUAGACAUUUCAAUAAGUAUUUACCCGAAGGAACAUAACAUACUAUAUGGUGAACCGUUGGAAUUAUUUUGUGUUGCAGGCAGUAACUAUUCAGCCAGUGAUAUUUUUAUCAUGAAAGAUGGAAAAAAAUUAGAAUCCGAGAUAGUGAACAGCACAACGCGCAGGUUGUACAUUGCGAAGCCAGAAAAGCAAUUUGCCACCUACAGUUGUCACAAUUUGAAAAAUAAUAAACGCUGCAUUUCCCGAAUAGUCGUCGACAAUCCUCCAAGUGAUGUAACUGAUUUCAAUUGUUUUUCUAAGAAUCUUGAAUCAUUGAAUUGUUCAUGGACUAGUCCUAAAGCUUACAGUGUUGUUAGUUACAAAUUAAAUUUUUAUGUACAUAAUAACCUUGUGAGUCCGCCUUGUGAACCUUUUAGUUUUAAAACUACGCGGUACUGUGUGUGGGAUUCAUCGACUUUACCUCGAUAUAGACAACAAGAUGAGAAACAACAUUUUUACUUGAGCUCUUGUAACAUAUUUGGCUGCAACAACCAGAACUUCACUAUAGAUCACUUUUCCAUCGUCAAACCAGACCCUCCCUAUGAUUUAGGAGUAUUUUCAAAUGGUGCGCAUAAUGUACUACUCAAAUGGAGAAUUCCUCAUAACAUAGCUGAUUUAUUACAGUGUGGAGUAGAUUAUAAAAUACAGUACCAGAUAGCUAAGGUCGACAAUAGAACACAUUUCCGAACUGUAGAUACUUUACAACUCCCUGCAAAACCGGCAAUGAUUGUAUUCAAUAUAGAUUUACCAUAUGCUCAUAUGCAAUAUGAGGUGCGCAUUUAUAUUAAAUCAAAACUGGCAGUUUCCGAAGAAUUCUGGUCUGACUAUACAUUUUUAGUAUUCACUACAUUAGCUGAAAGACCAAUAAGACCACCAAAAAUGAUAGCUGGAGCAUUUGAUCAGAACAUUGUAAGCAAUAAUGAACGGGUUAUAAAUAUAUAUUGGCAGAACAUUGAAGAAAUAGAAGAAGCUGGACCUGAAUUUACAUACAAAGUACAGGUAUCCGAUGGUGAUACGACUAAUACAAUUUAUCCCGCUAAUGGCAAAAGUUACGUUACAUUCAAAACAUCACUUGAUGCACUCGAUGUCUACGUGUGGUCAGCUAAUAUAAACGGUUCUUCUGAAAACCGCAGUUUCAUCUAUAUUCCCCCAGAAAAAGAUACGCGAAACUUAAAAAUCAAUUCUUUAAGGAAAGUGGCAUAUGAAAAUGGAACUUAUGAGUUAUGGUGGGACGAUGUGAAAGAUGUAGACAAUUAUACGCUUUUCUGGUGUAAACACAAUGGCGACCAGACGUGUUCGGGUCGGAUCGAGUUUGCAGUUUUGGAUUCGAGACAGGCCAGGCACGUUAUUGAUUUACCAAAGGAUGAUGUGUAUCAGUUUGCUGUAUCAGCAAACCGUGGCGUAAGCAGCGGUGGUAUGACAUGGGCAAAAAUUUAUGGUAGUCAGGUUGGCGACAGGAUAGUUGAUUGUGUACAAAGGGGAAAUUAUUAGAUCGAUGAUUGUGUAACAAUUUGUAUUGAAACAUAUAAUCAUAUUGCUCAUAAUAAGAAUGAGAAUUAAUAAAUCAAAUAAAACUUUUAUAUGAAUGACUUGUAUACCGAUAUUUUGAUAAAUAAAUAUUAUAACCUAAUCACCGAUUUUCAGUAAAGAGUUCAUAACCAUAGAGUCGAUUUUUGCUGAAUAGAUAUAGAAAGAUGAAAACCAGUGGAAACAUUGUUGGUCAAUUUUCAGCGGGCAUAUUUGUUAUCGGGCGCAUCAAAUUCUAGAAGAUGGCUGGGAAGGAAUACUUUUGCCCAAUUCACCAUGAAUGUUACUUACAGUUUGACUUGAGAAUUUAAUCGACAA